AUGCCUUACCCAGAAGAAGCCCAGGGAUUCAUGAUCGAUAGUCCCGAGACAUGGCUAUCAUUCCAGAAGCGUUAUUUCAAAUUGAAACCUUUUGGCGAAUAUGACGUCGAUGUCAAGGUCGAAGCGUGUGGCAUCUGCGGUAGCGAUGUCCACACCAUCAGUGGUGGUUGGGGGUCCCAGAACUGGCCUCUCUGUAUCGGACAUGAAAUCAUUGGUACCGCGAUCAGAGUCGGAUCCAAGGUCACAAAUAUCAAGGAAGGCCAGCGAGUCGGUAUCGGCGCACAAGUGUUCUCCUGCGGCGAGUGCAAGCAAUGCAAAAAUGACAACGAGACCUACUGCCCUAACAUCAUAAUCGACACAUAUGGCUCAAAGUGGCCCGAUAGUGGAAUCAUCAGCCAAGGAGGUUACUCGUCUCACGUGCGUGCUCACGAACACUGGGUCUUUGCCAUCCCUGAGAAAUUGAAGACCAACACUGCUGCUCCUAUGCUCUGUGCUGGUAUCACUGUUUUCUCUCCUCUAGUGCGUAACGGUGCUGGCCCAGGAAAGAAGGUUGGUAUUGUUGGCAUGGGAGGAAUUGGACACUUUGGUAUUAUGUUUGCCAAGGCACUUGGUGCUGAGACGUGGGCCAUCUCUCGGACGAGGGCUAAGGAAGCCGACGCGCGCAAGAUCGGUGCUGAUGGAUUCAUUGCUACAUGCGAAGAGGGCUGGGAGAAGGAACACCGAUUUUCUUUCGAUGUCAUCAUCAACUGCGCCAACUCGUCGAAGAACUUUGACCUCGAGAAGUACCUAUCUAUGAUGGACGUUCACGGUAAAUGGGUCAGCGUCGGUCUCCCGGAGGAAGAAGGACAGGUCAUCAAGGCCCAGAACCUGAUCUCAAAUGGUGUUUUGAUCGGUGCUAGCCAUCUCGGAAGUCGCAAGGAGAUGAUCCAGAUGUUGAACUUGGCUGCUGAGAAGGGACUUGAUGGCUGGGUGGAGACCAUCGAUAUUAACGAGGAAAAUCUCAAGCAAGCUAUGCAACGCAUGAAGAAGGCCGAUAUCCGUUAUCGAUUCACAUUGACCGGCUUCGACAAGGCUUUCCCAGAUGCUUAG